CUACCGGCGGAAGAGGAGGAGGAUGGGGUACCACCAACCAGAGAUACAGUAACGUUAUCCAGCCCUCUACCUUCAAGUCUAAUACAUGGGGUGGCAGCAGAGAUCACGGAAGAGGAUUCUUCGGCUCCUCUGGUUUUGGAUCGUCAGGAGGCAGCAGCAGAAAUGCAGACUUCUCACAGAACAGGUUCUCGGCGUUAGUGAACAAUCCGAGUGUUGCCAAUGGCGCUAAAGAUGAAGAGGAGAGAUUCCUCGAAUGUGUAGUGAAAGACAUGGACACAUGGGAAUCUUCUGGACAAUGGAUAUUUUCAUCUUACUCACCAAUGAAAGAAAUGGCAAAUAUCUCAGGCUUUUCAGAUGUCUCCCCAGAAGAGCUGCGUCUAGAGUACUAUGAGAGCAGAGCAAACAAUAUGAUUGGGAAUUAUGUAAAUGCUGUCCAACAGUUAGCAGCACGAUGGAAAAAUCAGCUGCUUCAGUUGAAAGCUUUAAAUGCAUCGACAAAAGCUGCUUUGCUCUCUGCUUUCAAGAACAUGGGCACUCAACCAUUGCCUGCCUUUGGACUGGGAGCACAACAAACAUCAAGUUUUGGGCUGUCAAGCUUUCCUGUGAGCAGCAGCAGUAGCAGUGCCAGCAGUUUCUCCUUUAAUACCAGUUCCAGCCUCAUCAGUUCAUCAUCAUCUGCAAACAGCCCUGCUGCUGGGAGCUCUUCUGCUGCUGGUAAUCCUCCUGCUUUUGGGGUGACGUCGUCUUCUAGCACACCCCAAGCCGUUGGGUUUGGCAGCCCUGCGGCUCCGUCUGCAGCCUCCUUCUCAUUCAAAAUAGCUGCAACAUCUGGUGGGUUUGGGACUUCUGGAUUUUCAGGCUUUGGCAAUGCAGGAGCUGUGAACUCUUCAAGCACCACUCCACUCUCAGCCUUUGGAGCCUUUAAUGCAGCUGUAGCCACUUCUGCUUCACCUUCAAGUAGUGCUUUAUUUGGACAGAGUGCCGGUGCCUCUGGACAUCAUGUUACCUCAGCAUCUUCGGCAGUCACCACCACUUCUGCAUCAAAUAAGUUAUUUACACCAAAGAAUGAAUUAUCAGCUGAAGAGUGGAAACAAUUUGAAGCAAAGGAGUUCACCGUUGGAAAGAUUCCUAUUAAGCCACCACCAUUAGAACUCAUAAAUGCUUAUGACCUCUUAAGUCUAUUCUAAAAUACUAUGUUUUUGAAACAAAUAAAAGUGCUUCCAUUUUCUUACUUCUUGUUUCCUCUCUCAAGCCUGUCCUGCAGGAAUAAACCCACAGGUCUAAACAUUUGA